AUGUCCGUGUGCGGCGGCGAGCGGCCGCCACGGCCCGGGCCGCGCCUGUCCUGGCUGCUGUGCUGCAGCAUCCUGCUGUCCCCGGCCGCCGGGUACGUGAUCGUGAGCUCGGUGUCCUGGGCUGUCACCGACGAGGUGGACGAGGAGUUGGACAGCGCCUCCACCGAGGAAGCGCUGCCCGCGCUGCUGGAGGACUCGGGCAGCAUCUGGCAGCGGAGCUUCCCGGCCUCGGCGCACAAGGGCCCGGGCUCUCCGGUGUGGAGAGGGCCGAAUGGAUGCACGGAUUACCAGCGUGUGGCCAGCCAGCGGCCGGUCGCCUGUGGAAUCACAGAGGAGCCAAGCGCAGCUCGUGCCCGCUCCCGGCGCCGCCCACAUUUCCUGACCGGGCAGCCCAGCCCAGGGUGGGCGAAGCCCGUGAUACAAGGACUGCCAUUUGGGAGCUGCCUGGCCAUCAGUGACGGCCCGCUCAGCAACAGCACUGGGACCCCUUUCUUCUACAUGACAGCCAAGGAUCCCGUGGUGGCUGAUCUUAUGAAGAACCCCCUGGCAUCACUGGCGCUUCCAGAGCUGGAAGGAGAGUUUUGUAGGAAAAACAUCGUGGACCCAGAAGAUCCCCGGUGUGCCCGCUUAACACUCACAGGACAGAUGACCACUGUGUCUCCAGCAGAAGUAGAAUUUGCCAAGCACGCCAUGUUUUCAAGGCACCCAGGCAUGCGCAAGUGGCCUCGCCAGUAUGAAUGGUUCUUCAUGAAGAUGAGGAUAGAACAUGUCUGGCUUCAGAAAUGGUAUGGAGGUGUAUCCGACAUUUCAAGGGAGGAAUAUUUCAAAGCAACGCCUAGAAAGGCCUGA